AUGUUCAAAUCAAUUACUAAAUUAGGGAGAUCUCAGUGUUUUUGGUUGAAUUCUCAGAGAUUAAUCCAUAUCAAGACUUUAACGACUCCAAAUGAAAAUGCCUUAAAAUUCCUUUCCACAGAUGGCGAGAUGCUACAGACGCGUGGCUCCAAGAGUAUUGUUAUUAAAAACACUGAUGAAAACCUCAUCAACCAUUCCAAGUUGGCACAGCAAAUUUUCUUGCAGUGUCCAGGAGUGGAGUCUUUAAUGAUAGGUGAUGAUUUUCUCACGAUUAAUAAAGAUAGAAUGGUCCAUUGGAACAGUAUUAAGCCUGAAAUUGUGGAUUUGUUAACCAAGCAGCUUGCUUGUGGUGAUGAUGUAAUAUCUAAAGAAUUCCAUGCUGUCCAAGAAGAAGAAGGAGAGGGUGGCUACAAGAUAAAUAUGCCCAAAUUUGAGCUUACCGAAGAAGAUGAAGAAGUCAGCGAGUUGAUUGAAGAGCUAAUAGAUACAAGAAUAAGGCCGGCCAUCUUGGAGGAUGGCGGUGAUAUCGACUAUCGUGGGUGGGAUCCAAAGACAGGGACCGUGUAUUUAAGAUUACAAGGUGCAUGUACUUCAUGCUCCUCCAGUGAAGUAACUUUGAAGUACGGUAUUGAGUCCAUGUUGAAGCACUAUGUGGAUGAAGUAAAAGAAGUGAUUCAGAUCAUGGAUCCUGAACAGGAAAUAGCAUUAAAGGAAUUCGAUAAGCUUGAAAAAAAGCUGGAAUCGAGUAAGAAUGCAAGCCAAAACAACUAA